AUGGCGGUUGAUGCUGGUAGUUAUGCUGAUGCUGCCAAACUGGAGGCGAAUUAUGAUUAUGAUUAUGAUUAUGAUUAUUAUUGCUUGCUUGCUGGUGGCUGCCUCUCUUUGAUAACGACAAUGGGCCAGCACUCCCCGAGUGAGAGCGAGAAGGACCUCACGCUCCAGAAAUCAGAAAUCCCAAUGGUCAGCUAA